CAAUCAGUAGGUCACUGAGAGAGCUCGGCUAGCAACCCAAACUCGCGAUGGCCCUCGACUGAUAGCGCUGGCUGCGCUGUAUGUAACACAUGCAAAGCCUAUGCUGAUUAUGCGAACGACCCCGGAUCUACUCUCGCGAUCGCUAGCUAGCUGCAUUGCAUGUACUGUAUACUGCGUUCUGCUGCGCGGAUCGAGCUAGCGCAUAAAGCGGAGCUGAGCUAGCUAGCUUGUAUGAACGGACGCCGACUGAGACUGAGUUUUCCGACAGAGGAUGUUUCUUGAGGACUAUCUAUCAUCAGUUCAGCCCAUUUUGAAAGAAAUAUUUUCGAGGGAGAGCAAUGAUGGUAAUAAGGAACGAUUAUACAUCCCUUUGAGCUCUUUAUUGGUGAAUUUCCGCGAAAAUCAGAGGACAGAAGUCGAGAUUGGUGAGAUCUUCCGCAAUUUUAUGCAGCGCAGCUGAGCUGAACUUGAAGUUGAAGUCAAGACAAGAUUUAGACUGAAGUCAUUCAGACUCAGUCAGAUUCAGAACUGUAACGUUAGGGGAUCUGGAGUUUUUGGACACUUUAUAAGUAUAAUCAUUCAUAAAAACAGCUUGAUGAAUUUGUCAUAGUGGAUAGAAGUUUGGUAACUACAGUACGGUACAGGAUUAUUCAUUUGUAAAAUAGGCUUAACCAUACUGCCUGUGGAGAUAGAGAAUGAUUGACACUUGACUUGAUAGAACUUUUGAAAAAUUAUUAAAUUGAUGCUUGGACUUUCAAUGGUCUGGGCAGGGUGUAGCCUCCGUAGUUCUGAUGCUCGUUUGCCGAAAAUUCAAUUCAACUUUAAGGAUAGAACUGAUAACAUUUCAGAAAAGGAUUUUUAAAUCAUCAAUGCAUCACUUUUGUCCCUGAUCUACAGCUGUGAACAUUGUGCAAUUUUAUCAUCUUGUUGGGCCACAAUGUCAUCUGGGUCAACAGCAGUGGACAAGAUAGAUCCCUUUGCCAAGAAAUCCUUACGCAAGGGAAAGCAAAAGAAGUCACAAGGUUCUUCACAAUAUCGACUGAGUAACAACACAGAUAUUCAGCAACUUAGUUUGCUGAAAGACACACCCCCUCCAGAACAGCAAGAAUUGGUUGUCAAGAAGCUAGAACAGUGCUGCAUGGUGUUUGACUUUAUGGAUGCUGUAUCUGAGCUCAGAGGCAAAGAAAUCAAAAGAGCAAGUCUCAAUGAGCUAGUUGAUUACAUCACUAGUGGGAGGGGAGUCCUCACAGAACCCCUAUAUCCAGAGUUCAUUCAAAUGAUCUCAUGUAAUAUCUUCAGAACAUUGCCGCCCAGUGAAAACUCAGAUUUUGAUCCAGAAGAAGAUGAACCAACACUAGAAGCAUCAUGGCCCCAUUUACAGAUUGUAUACGAAUUCUUCCUGAGAUUUUUAGAGUCACCAGAAUUCCAACCCAGCAUAGCCAAGAAGUACAUCGAUCAGAAAUUUGUGAUGCAUCUGCUGGAACUUUUUGACAGUGAAGAUCCAAGGGAGAGAGACUUCCUCAAAACAGUGUUGCAUCGAAUCUAUGGCAAGUUUCUAGGCCUCAGGGCGUUCAUCAGAAAACAGAUCAACCACAUAUUCCUCAGAUUUAUAUAUGAAACAGAGCACUUUAAUGGAGUUGGGGAAUUAUUAGAAAUUCUGGGAAGCAUUAUCAACGGGUUUGCAUUACCACUGAAGGCAGAACACAAGCAAUUCCUUAUCAAGGUUCUCAUCCCAUUACAUAAAGUAAAAUGUUUGGGUCUAUACCAUGCACAGUUGGCAUACUGUGUGGUGCAAUUCCUGGAGAAAGAUUCAGCUCUUACAGAACAGGUUGUAACUGGAUUACUAAAAUAUUGGCCAAAGACAUGUAGUGCAAAAGAGGUAAUGUUUCUUGGUGAAAUUGAGGAGAUUCUAGAUGUGAUAGAACCAGUCCAGUUUGCCAAGAUCCAAGAAAUCCUUUUCAAGCAGCUUGCAAAGUGUGUUGUCAGUCCACAUUUCCAGGUUGCAGAACGUGCCCUGUACUUCUGGAAUAAUGAGUAUGUAGUGAGCUUGAUAGAAGAGAACAGCAAUGUUGUCAUGCCGAUAAUGUUCCCAAGUCUCUACAGGAUAUCCAAAGAACACUGGAAUCAAACAAUUGUUGCCUUGGUCUACAAUGUACUCAGGACACUGAUGGAGAUGAAUAGCAAACUAUUUGAUGAACUCACUUCCAGCUAUAAGACAGAUAGGCAAAAAGAGAAGAAGAAGGAGAAAGAAAGAGAUGAACUGUGGAAACGCUUGAGUAAACUUGAAAUGAACUAUCUAAAUAACCAAACCAAUAGCAGUUAGACAUUGUUGAGUUGUAAAAUGUAGACAUGGCAGUGGAGAUUUGUUGUGAGAACUUGCCGCUGAAAUGCCAUCAAGGAAUCGAUCUUCUCUUCUCCAUGUUCCCCUCGCUGAGAAUGGAAGACAUGACUGAUGGAUGGAACUUUGAUUCCCUGUUGCUGCAUCUGGCAAAACCACAGUUUGGGCCAAAAACUCAUAGUUUGCUGCUGUUUCAGUGGAAGUGCAUGAAUGUUGUUCAUUAUCUUUAUAUUUAUUUCUUAUCCAGUUGAGUGUCAAUGAACUCAAAAUGAGACAGGUAGGCUCUUAUGAACCAAAGGAUUAUUGGAAGUGAUGGAAGUUGACUGCAUGUCACACCAACUGACGUCGGGUGCAUUUAGUGGAGUAUAUAAAGAUGUUAGACUAUCAGAGUCUACAUUCAAAAGGAGUUGCUCUCUAUCUCUCCUAUACAUCCGUUUCCACAGAUAAUAAGCAUGGAUAUCCCUGUCACCUUGCUGCUUUUAUUAAUCAACUAACCUAAUGUUUUAUGUCUCUUUUAUGUGUUGUCGUAGCUUACAUCUACUAUUGCGAGUAGCAAGAGCUCGUCUGGACUCUUAUUUUAAGGAUUAAAAAUGAUAUGGUCUUUGAAGACUAACAUAAUAUGUAUUUUUUAAUUGAUAAUGUACUUAAACAUUGAAGUUUCCUGUUUUACCUGUUACAUAUUUACUCCAAUGGGAGACAUCUUUUAUAUUCCUUCAUCCAAACAUCCUGUGGUAGUUUCUUUUUCUUGCAGUUGAUGGGUAAUAUUUUAGGGGCUUUCUUACAGUACCCCUAUAAACAGCUCAGUAGUUAGGACAGAUUACUCUUGAAAAUGAAAAUUUGUCUGUGCCUCAAAACGAAUUCAGUCCCUAAACCUACACUCAAGACCCAUUUCAUUUACAUUUUGAUGAGUAUUAGGUCGAUUGGGUUUGUGCCAUUAAAAAAAAAUUGUUUUAUGUUUUUUUUUUGUUGUUAUCAUUGACGUAAUUUGGCAGUAAUUGACCCAAAUUAUCAAGAGUUUGUAUUGUGUUUAUCUGUACAGAUAGAUUGAAUUAUUUUCCAGACUUAUCAUACAUAUUCUUUUUUUAACAUGUCAUUUGUUAAGUAUGUGACCAGGAUUUGUAUUUUGUUGAAGGAAUGAUAUACUUUAUUUAAUUCAUUUUCUUUUUUUUGUAAUUUCUAUUACAGUAGAUACAUUAUAGGGUUAAUAAAACAUCAAAGAGUUAUCUUCUUUGUAUGGCAUAGAAAGGAAUACAAUUUAUAUACAGAUUAAUUGUUAUUUAUAAAUAUUUGUCAAAUAUUAUAUUUAUUUUACUAAUUCGCCCAUUUCAAUUAUUUGACUGAAAAAUCCAAAUCAUUUGUAAAAAAAUAAUAAGUUUUCCAAAGCAGAAAUAAAAGGAUUUUGUCAGUAAUAUGUAGGUUAAUUUAUAGUCCUUGAAUGCUAUAGAAACGAGAUUCACCUAUCAAGUAAUCAAAGGCCAUUCAUCAAAAGUAUGUUCCUUUGGUAAGCAUUUUAUGGUCUUAAAAAGCUUUGUUGGAAGCUUUCUAUUGAUAGCUAGACACUGUGACUGAAUGAAUUUAUUUUUGCAUAGAAAAACAAUAUUUACAAAUUCUUUGUAAGAAUACUUGAUCAGUAAGUUUAAUGUAGUACACCAUUCACUAUAUAAAAUUAUUCAAGCUAGUCUAUUUCCCUGCACAUUACUGAUAAACUAAACAUUUGGCACUAGCGGUAGAAAAAAUUAUGCUUAAAUGAGUCAAAGCAUUUUAAGAACCCAAUGAUUGUUCUCAUCAAAGACUUAUUGAUAUAUAUAUAUAUUUAUAUUUUUUAAUGUGCCAAAAUACAGGUUCUGCCCCUACUGGAAGCAUAUAUUUGAGAAUACAAGAAGUUAGCCCUCUGGAUAUGUUUUGUUCAACAAAGCUCAGCAACCAUUUUAAAUUUUUUUUUAGUGUUCAUGGCCUAGACAAGUUGCUCCACUGGAGCUAGUAGUACAGAGAUCUUCAAGUCUUGAAAAUCAGUUAUGACAUCAUUGGUCAUGUUGUAUGAUGUUUUUUGUUAUAUUGAUCAU